UCAACUAGGCAUACAGAAAGCUGGCUAAGGAAUACCAUCCUGAUAAGAACCCAAAUGCGGGAGACAAAUUCAAAGAAAUAAGCUUUGCCUAUGAAGUAUUGUCAAAUCCAGAGAAACGUGAGUUAUAUGAUAGAUAUGGAGAACAGGGUCUUCGAGAAGGUAGUGGCGGAGGCAGUGGAAUGGACGAUAUUUUCUCCCAUAUCUUUGGUGGUGGAUUGUUCAAUUUCAUGGGUGGUCAGAGUAGAAGUCGUAAUGGUAGAAGAAGAGGAGAAGAUAUGAUGCAUCCACUCAAAGUCUCUUUAGAAGAUCUGUAUAAUGGCAAGACAACUAAACUACAACUUAGCAAGAAUGUCCUUUGUAGUGCAUGUAAUGGGCAGGGAGGGAAGGCUGGAGCCGUGCAGAAAUGUAAUGCUUGCCGGGGUAGAGGCGUACGUAUCAUGAUCAGACAGCUGGCUCCUGGAAUGGUUCAGCCGAUGCAGUCUGUAUGCUCUGACUGCAAUGGAGAAGGUGAAGUAAUUAAUGAAAAAGACCGCUGUAAAAAAUGUGAAGGGAAGAAGGUGAUCAAAGAGGUAAAAAUACUUGAAGUCCAUGUAGACAAAGGCAUGAAACAUGGGCAGAGAAUUACAUUCAGUGGAGAAGCAGAUCAGGCUCCGGGUGUGGAACCAGGUGAUAUUGUCCUCUUACUCCAAGAAAAGGAGAAUGAGGUGUUCCAGCGGGAUGGGAACGACUUGCAUAUGACACAUAAGAUUGGACUUGUUGAAGCACUGUGUGGAUUUCAGUUCACAUUUAAGCACCUUGAUGGACGUCAAAUUGUGGUUAAAUAUCCUCCUGGAAAAGUAAUUGAACCAGGUUGUGUUCGCGUAGUCAGAGGUGAAGGAAUGCCACAGUAUCGCAAUCCUUUUGAGAAAGGGGAUCUUUACAUUAAAUUUGACGUUCAGUUUCCUGAAAAUAACUGGAUCAGCCCAGAAAAGCUUUCAGAACUUGAAGAUCUUCUGCCAGCUAGACCAGAAUUUCCCAAUGUAAUUGGUGAUGCAGAAGAGGUAGAUCUUCAGGAAUUUGAUACCACUCGUGGUUCAGGUGGUGGCCAGAGACGUGAAGCCUAUAACGAUAGUUCUGAUGAAGAAAGCAGCCAUCAUGGACCUGGGGUACAGUGUGCCCAUCAGUAAACGUUUGUCUAAAAAGUUGCACAAGGAUUUUCUUUCAAAUUUUGCCUGACUUGUUUUCAACAGUCCAGCUGGAUUGUAUAAGUAAUCCAGAUGAACCAAUGGACAUCUAUUGCUGUAUGUGUAACUUUUAAAUUGGUCUAUAGUAUCUACAGAGUGUAAUUUAAACUAACCACAAGCUUACAUCUUCAUUUUGACUGUGUAGCAGAAUAAAGCACUUGAAAGGAAGACGAGACUCCUUUUCACAUGGGUUUUAAGUUUGUCCUCGUAUCUGUGCUUGAUUUUUACCAGUUCUGUGUAGAUUUUAAGUUUCAUAUUUUAAAUUCAAAUUCUACAUUGUAAAGUUUGUGUACAAUUUGUCCUGAGGCUUGGUAUUUGGCUGCACCUGCAUAAGCUGCUACAAGUAGAAUAAAGAAUUUCAUAGCCUGUAUCUAUCAUCUAGAUGCAUGGUAAAUGGGCUUUGCACAUAAUGGGUUUAGAGCUGACUGGGAACAAUGGAAGACUAAAUUAGAAGUGGUUGUAAGUUUUUUCUACCAUCUUGUGAACGGUUUCUGAAAUUAAAUAAAAGCAGUUGGUGUAUAAUAUA